CAGCGAGAGGAGUGCAAGGUACAGGAGAGAAUAUCAGAUAGAAAGAAAUCAAGAGGCAGAGAGAAGCCCAGGAUUACAGUUCUACUCUUUCAGCUGUGCAUAUAGAUAGAUUUCUCCUCCUUCACAACACAUAAUGGGGUGCAUAUGAAGAGAGGCAAGAGACAAAGAAAAGAAGAAAAGACACACUGAGAUGUGCUGGGAGAAGUAGAAAAAGAUUAACAAAAGAAUGUAAGACAGUGUGCAGGAGAAGGCAGAUAAAGAAGAGUCCAGGAAAGGAAGGGCCACAGAAGGGUACAAAUAAUCAAGGAAUUGGAGGAAGGGAAGCUACAUGAAAACUCACACAAAGAUCCACUAAUACAGGUGUUAGUAGCACACAAUGAGACACACAGGGAUCACAGUGGGAAACCUUUUCUGCUUUAGAAUGAGGUAGCUCAUAAGAAGCAGUUCUGUAGGCCACAUGAUUUGUAUAAUUCUUUAGGCAUAAAGGCUUCUGAUGGGCUGUCUCAGCAGUGUUCCAGCCGUCUUUUUUUUUUUUUUUGGUAGGCUGUCCACUAACAUUGUUGUUUCUGCACUCUCGCAGUAUUUCAUCUAUAAUACGAAGCACCCUCAGCUAUCUCACUAGCAGCUCUUCUGCUAUAAAUACUUUGCAAGAAUAAUAUGGUAACUGUCUCAGAGUAGCCUCUUAGCAAUAUUUUGGCAAUUAAGAAACAAGCAUAUCACUGUACCAGCAGUCUCAUUGAAUUAGACUUUUUUGAACAUCUUUUUUGCUGCACUUUUCCUCAGUCUUUGCACCCCUAAAACUGUGAAGUCUUUUAGCAGCCUCCAUCAGGAAUCUGUCUAGAAGCUCUGCUAUUGCUCUCUUUUGACAUAGCCAAGGACCAGCCUCUGUCAUCUGUUCUAAGGAGUUGCCUCUCUGAGUGGGUUUACUGGUGGCCUUUUAAAAAACAGAAUCUCAGGAAGCGCUCUCAGCCGUCUCUUUUUCAGCCAUGGCGUUCACCUUUGCAGCGUUCUGCUACAUGCUGACACUCGUCCUCUGUGCUUCUCUAAUUUUCUUCAUCAUCUGGCACAUCAUCGCUUUUGAUGAAUUACGGACAGACUUUAAGAACCCUAUUGAACAGGGAAAUCCCUCCAGAGCAAGAGAAAGGGUUAAGAACGUGGAAAGGAUUUGCUGUUUGCUCAGAAAGCUGGUAGUGCCUGAGUAUUGUAUCCACGGCUUGUUCUGCUUGAUGUUUAUGUGUGCAGCUGAGUGGGUUACUUUGGGCCUCAAUAUACCUCUCCUAUUUUACCAUCUUUGGAGGUACUUCCACCGGCCAGCAGAUGGCUCAGAAGUAAUGUUUGAUCCAGUGUCCAUUAUGAAUGUGGACAUUCUGAACUACUGUCAAAAAGAAGCCUGGUGUAAACUGGCAUUCUAUUUGCUAUCCUUCUUUUAUUACCUAUAUAGGGUGGGGGCCACUGUACGCUAUGUCAGCGCGUAGGAUGCUGUGCCUCUGCUGUAUGAUUUACACACUUGUCACUUUUUGAAUAUCGCCUCUUGAAAUCCUUGAACCCAGAAGACAGAAAAAAGAAAACCGAGAGAGAGGCUGAGAUACUUGCUGAUAGAAGAAUGAACUGCAGGGAGUUGCUGAGUCUACUCUCUUUAAUUACAAAUUCCUUUUAUCCUGUACCUCAAUCUCUCCCCUCUCAUCUCCCUCUCCACUUGCAACUUUCCUUCAGCUCUCUCUCAAUAUCUCUUCUUCUCUCUGUUUACAUCUUCAUCUCUCUUGUAUAUCUCACUUUUUAGACUGCUGCUGGCUUACAGCUUUUAUUUGUCUGUUUGAAGUCUGUGACUUUAUUUCUUUAGAGAAACUUAAAGUUUACUGUCAAUAAAGAAUAAAUAUAUA